AUGGAAGGGGUAAGUAAGGAAGAUAUCUUCCGGUGGUGUAGGGAAAAGGAGAUAGAUGUCGAAAGCAGCUUUGGACUCACUGGGAAUUUGAUGAAUGCUAGCGAUGAGAGUAUCCUUAAUUCAGUCAAAUUUCUGUAUGGAGUAAGUGAUCCGUCCAUUGUAGAUAAAUGGAAGGGGUUAACUGGUAAUAUUACCGCAGUAUUAAUCACCAAUAAGAAUCUACUAGACCCGGUGUUGAUUCCCAGUAUGGUGGUGGUUGAUGGAGUCCCGGGUUGGAAAGUCCACUUGAUAUGGCCUGAGUGGCAAACCAGCAGGGAAGGAACAGACACCCCAAGGAAAGAGCAAGGGACGGGGGAGCCACAUAUCCGAUCUAUGGGAGAAACGGUUCCCACACCCAGUGCAGAUACAGAUGUACCCACUCAACAGGAAGAAGCCAUUGAGAGUCAAGUAGAUACAGUAGUGGGCAAAAUGGUUAGCCAUUUGGAAAGAUGGCAAUUCGAAGGUGGAUAUCGACGCCUUUGGAUAUUUUCAGGAAUCACUCCGAUGCCCGCUGGAGAAGAGACGUAUGAACUAUGGAGAGAGGCGGCCACACAACAUUCGGAGGAAUGGCAAUGUCCUGACCAUGUCAAACGGCAGAGGGUGGUUGAAAGCUUGCGGGGGCCAGCUAUGGGGGUUAUUCAAGCUACCCGACGAAGCAACCCAAAAGCUACCCUGAAAGAAUAUCUGGAGGCUUUGGACUUCUCUUUUGGCACUAUGGAAGAUGUCGGUGAUCUUUUAGCUCGACUCAACCAUACCUAUCAAGAACCUGGGGAAACAUUGACUCAUUAUAUAUACCGGAUAGAUAGACUCAUAUAUAAGAUAGUAGACAAAGGAGGCAUAGAUAAAGAGACAGUUGAUAGCAAGAGAUUGAUACAAGUAUUAAAAGGAGCAUUAACGAACAAUCCGGUAGCACAACGCUUGCGAUGCACCAUGGCUGCUGCCCGGCCCCCUACUUUGACUGAAUUGGUUAAAGAAGUGAAAUUGGAGGAGGUACAAAUUGAGAAUAGGGAGAAAACUAUAAAGAAAGUAAAAGUAGUGAUACCGGAGAACGAACCACCCUCCAUUGAUGACCGGUUGGUGAAGCUCAUUGAAGAGCAAAAUAAGAAACUUGAACAAUUAAUAGCACUGCAGACUGUUAAUCCCUAUAGUCCGGCUGCGAUCCAUGGGUUUGAUCGGGGAAUGAGGUCAAGAAGAGAGAACCGAAAGCCAAUAAUCUGUUAUAGCUGUGGGCAGGCUGGUCAUCGUUCAUUUGAAUGCCCUAUGAAUGGAAACAAUACCAGGAGGAAUGAAAGUAACAGUAAUUAUCAGAGGAGAAAUUUACCAUCAGAAAACCCCAACGGGAGUGUUGUGACCCCCUCACAGGCUCCCCAAUAA